AUGAAGGUACCAAAGUAUAUUUAAGAGUUGGUGGGGAUAUUUAUUAUGACCCUAGUGUGUCAAGAGUCACCCCAUGAUCUCUUGCUGAUAGCUGGUGGCAUUGGUAUCAACCCCCUUUUAAGUAUAUUGUACCAUGUCAGAGAUUUAAUAUCCUUAAAGGAAAAAGGAAACCUUGAAGGCGACACAUUAAUACCACAGAAAGUAUUAUUGUUGUACAGUGCUGCUAAACAAGAGGAACUUAUUUGUAAGAAUGAGAUAGAAAAGAUAGUAUCUGUAAACAAUAAGGUCAAAUGUAAAUUGUUUGUAACUCAGGCAGAACCUAGUAAUGGUUUAAAGGGAAUGUUUAGUACUGACUGGGGGUGA